AUGAAAGCUAAGUGUCCCCAGAAGCACAAAGAGGAGGUAAUGGAGAGGGAACAGCAAGGAGAGGAAGAGGUUCAAAGCGUAGAGGAACAAAGGCCAGUAGAAAAUAUGGAAGAAAAGUAUACAGUGGGGAAGAGAAAGAAAAGAGAAGAAAACACGAACUCACUACCAAAGAGUCCCAUGAAGAAAAGAAAAGGAAGUGUAGAGGAGAGACAAAGUUUACCAAAAGGAGGAAAAGCGAAUGAGCAGAAAAGAAAUGAGAUGUCGACAAAAUUAAGUGAGAAAGACGAAGAGAGAAAACAGAGAUCGAUACCAGCAACUAGCACGAAGGAGAAAGUAAAAGAGCAGGAAAUAAAGGAAGAUAGAAGAGAAAUGACAGCAACAUCGAGUGAGAGACAAGCAGAGAAGAAAGAAAUGGAAACACCAGCAACAGUAGAAGAGAUUAGUGAUGGCAAUCAGAAAGAAACACUGAAGGGAAAACACUUAAGAACUAUGAUACAGUACAGAAAAAAUGUGGAGAUUGAAAAAAAGAUCACUAAAAUGAAAAAUGUAAUUAGGGUGAAGUUAGCGCCCAAUAAGUACAAUGAAGGGAUUUAA